AUGGCAGCUCAUCAUGUUCAAUUUCAAGAAGAAACGCGGAACUAUAAAAAAAACACCACAACAUCCAUAAAAAAGCUUGAAGUCCAGAUGGGUCAAAUCGCUCAGCAAUUAGCAUCGAGUUCUCAAGCACAAGGUGCUCUACCUAGUGCAACUGUGCCCAAUCCUAGAGAGCAUCAUAAUGUGUGCCAUGUGGCAACAAGAAGUGGUAAAUUGGAUGAAGUUGUCGAGGAAGUGGAUGAAGAGGAAAACCAAUUGAUCAAAGUGGACCUUGAGAUCAAAGAAAAUGAAGUUGUUAGGGAAGAAGUGGUAGCACCGAAACCUAUUGUUAAAGAAAUAGUCAUUGAGCCUAAGCCGGUUGUUAAGCUUCCCUUCCCCACUAGAAACAAGAAAAAAGGACAACAUGAGAAAAACUUUGAAAAAUUCUUAGAGUUGUUCAAGAAGUUGGAGAUUAACAUUCCUUUGUUGGAGGCACUUGAACAAAUGCCUACUUAUGCCAAGUUCAUGAAGGAUAUCAUUUUGAAGAGGCGUACCACUGACACUAACCCAAUUAUUCUAACCGAAACUUGUAGUGCUAUUUUGCAAGGUAUGAAGAUUCCGAUAAAGAAGAAAGAUCGAGGAGAUGUCACCAUCCCAUGUACUAUUGGAGAUAGGUCGUUCAACAAAGCUCUUAUUGAUCUGGGAGCUAGUGUGAGUCUCAUGCUGUUAUCCAUUUACAAGAAGCAUGGCAUAGGGGUUGUGCAAGAUACCAGGAUGACACUCCAAUUCGCCGAUCAUUCGGUCAAGAAACCGUAUGGCAUUGUUGAAGACGUUCUGGUGAAGAUUGUUAAGUUUGUUUUCCUGGUGGAUUUUGUAAUUCUUGAAAUUCCGGAAGAUGAAGAGAACCCUCUCAUUCUGGGGAGACCCUUUUUUGAGACGGGAAGGUGUUUAAUCAACAUAGAAGAAGGAACCACGACGUUGAAGGUUUAUGAUGAGGAAUUGAAAAUCAAUGUCCGAAACACCAUGAAAGACAAAGAUGAUAUUUGUACCAGUCACACUAUAGAGGUUCUGAAUCAGGUGAUGAUAUAUGAUAUCCCUUUGAAUGCAUCAUCGUCACCUUUGGAAAGAGUGUUGAGUUUGUCCAAUUCCGACAGUGAUAAAGAAGAGGACAACGAUGACUCCCAAGUGCUAGCCUUGCCGGAUGCACAAACCCCGUGGAAAGGAUCUCGACCAUACCGGUGGGAAAAUUUACGCCUACCUCACUCUAGUAAGGAGGGUGAAGAGCCAAAGAAAGGAACAGAGUUGAAACAACUUCCGGAGAACCUCAAAGAUGUGUUUUUAGACUCUGAAGGAAAAUGUCCUGCUACUAUAGAGGCGGUGAAAUUGUUGGACGCAGGUCCUAUAUAUCCUAUUUCUGACAAUACCGGGCCACAGAGAAAAGAGUUUGUCGAAGGACAACUAGUGCUCUUAUUCAAAUCCAGAUUAAAGUCUCUAGGAAAGUUGAAACCCAGGUGGUCGGGUCCGUUUGUGGUUCACAAAGUUUUUCAACAUGGAGCUAUAGAACUGAAAAAUCCAAAUAAUGGGGAUACAUUCAAGGUAAAUGGACAAAGGUUGAAGCACUAA